AUGUUGAACCUUUUCCCACCCAAAAUCAAACCCAUCCUUAACGAAAAAUCCUUUUUGGCUUUCUUACUAUCGUCAAAAACAAGGGCAUUUUCUUCACCUCCCUCGUCCUCUUCCUUGUACUUGUCAAAUUUGAUCGCUGGAAUACUCAAUUCCAAGAACCCGAGGCAAGCACUCAAACUGUUUAACUCAGCAUCGAGAACCAUAAACCCCUUGAAGACUUUAAAACUUCAUUCUGCUGUAAUAUACUGCUUAACUGAAGCAAAAUUAUAUGUGAAAGCAAGAUGUUUGAUAAAAGACCUCAUUGAAACAUUGCUGCAGAACCGGAAGCCCCACAAAGUUUGUUCAUCGAUUUUCAAUGCGUUUAAUCAAUUUGAGAGUGGAGGAAGUAAUAUAAAUGUGUUUGGAGUGUUGAUCAUUGCUUUAUGCGAAAAGGGUCUUGUCGAUGAGGCUUAUUGGGUGUACCAAAAGAUAAGAAGAUUGCCUGCUACUCAGGCUUGUAAUGCAAUUUUAGAUGGGUUUCUUAAGGCGGGACGGGUUGAAUUCAUGUGGGAAGUUUAUGGACGAAUGGUGUCAAAUGGCAUGUUGCCUACCGAUGUAAGCUACGGGAUAUUAAUUGAUGCUUGUUGUGAUCUGGGGGAUAAUGCAAGAGCGAACGUAUUGUUUGACGAGAUGGUUGAAAAGGGGUUGAAACCAACAGUUGUGAUUUACACGACACUGAUCCGUGGCCUGUGUGAGGAGGGUCGGAUGUUGGAAGGAGGUAACUACUUGAGGCGAAUGCAAGAGGUUGGAGUGGUCCCUAAUGUGUACACUUACAAUACUCUGAUGGACGGGUAUGCUAAGAAGGCUAGUGUUGAGAAAGUGCUUCAAUUGUAUCGCGAGAUGUUGGAUCAUGACGCACUGCCAAACGUUGUUACCUAUUGUAUCCUAAUCCAUUUAUUUUGCAGAAUUGGUGAAAUUGUGGCAGUUAGGAGCUAUUUUGUGCAUAUGGUGAAGUUAAGCGUCGUUCCUAAUGUGUACAUAUAUAAUUGUUUAAUGAAUGGAUUCAAUAGCGAUGGCAAUCUAUCUGCUGCUCUAGAUAUGUUUUAUGAGAUGGAGAAAUUUAGUAUUUCUCCUGAUGUUUUCACGUAUGGCACACUUAUAAAGGGCUACUGUAAUAUUGGCAGACUGGAAGAUGCAGAACAUUUAUUAAGGAAGAUGAACGAUACAGGAGUUUAUGUGAAUUUGGUCGUGUACAAUACACUAAUUGACGGGUUAUGCAAGGAAGGAAGUGUCGAGAGAGGUUUGGAAUUGUGUUCUCAAAUGUUGGAAAAGGGUGUGCAGCCUGACAUAGUUACUUUUUGUACCUUGAUAAAUGGUUAUUGCAAAGUAGGAAAGAUGGAGGCUGCAAUGGGACUAUAUAAUGAAAUGGCAAUUAAAGGUUACCAGCCUGAUGUUGUUGCUUAUACUUCUUUGAUCGAUGGGCACUUCAAGAAUGGUAACUUAAGUGCAGCUCUUCAAUUGCACAAGGAAAUGAUAAAGGCUGGUGUCACCCCUAAUGCGUAUACAGCUAGUUGUUUGAUUGACGGGCUUUGCAAGAAUGGAAGAAUCAAUGAUGCAGUUAAAAUUUUCUUGGAAAACAGAGCCGGAUUCACUGGCACUGAACUAGAGCUGUCGACGAGUAGUUUUUCAGGGCGUUGUUCCCCACUUCACAUCAUGUAUUCUGCCCUAAUUAAUGGUUUGUGCAGAGAUGGUCGAAUUUUUAAGGCCAGUAAGUUUUUUGCAGAAAUGAGAAGCAGUGGUUUAUACCCGGAUGUCUCCAAUUAUGCCGUCAUCUUACAGGGUCAUUUAGAUGUGAAGCAUAUGUUUGCUGUCAUGAUGCUGCAAGCAGAUAUACUAAAGAUGGGCACCUUUCCAAACUCGUUCAUGUACAAGGUAUUAAAUAGAGGUUAUCAGGAGUUUGGAGAUUUUGCAUCAGCUCUGAAGAUUCGCGAUGAUUUGUUGAAUUCGGGUCUAGAAGAUUCGAGCCUCUGUUUUAAGGAGUCUUUUGAGUUAUGUAAACAAUAA